AUGCACAGUGUUACUAUGACAACAGGUAAACAAGCAGCUGAAAGGGCAGGAGAGAAACUGUCAGCGAGGAGAAAGCAAAGAGCAGAGGAGAUGAACAAGGAGGGUUUCUCAGAGGAGGAGGAGAGGAGGAGUGUUGAAGAGGAGGACUAUGAGGAGUUGAUGAGGAAGGCUGCUUCCUCCGCUGCUUCCAGAAGAAAACCUGCACCAUCAUCCAAACAACAAAUCAUCCCCAAAAUUCCAGAGGCAGUGGAUGACUUCCUGAGGAACUUCCUCCGGCGGGCCGGUCUGAGCCGGACUCUGAACAGCUUCGAGGCAGAGUGGUACGGCUCAGCUCAGAAUCUCCUGAGAGAAACUCUGCCGAUGGAAGUGACAGGCGUCUUCUUCAUCCCUGAGGCUCUCACACACAGGCAGCUCCUCCAGAGCGAGCUGGAGACGGUCCGCAGAGAGACGGAGCUGCUCAGAAAGGAGCUGCUGAUGGCAGGAGAGAGCCUGGUGAGGACGCAGAGGGAGAGGGAUUUCCACCGGCUACAGUACCGACGAGUCGCUGAGGACAAAAACAGGCUGAUCGAGGACUUCAAACAGCUGAAGAAACACCUGGAGUCCUACGAGCCGGUGCUGAGGCAGCUGGACGACAAAUAUCAAGCAGCCCUGAGGCAGAAAAUGCUCAUCAGUUUAAGAAAGGACAGAGUGCAAAACACCAGAGAUGCAAGAGUGAAUCAGGAAACAGCCCAAAUCAAGAAAGAGAACGUCAAAAGGAGCAGUGCUGAUAAAUUACCAGCAAAGAGCACCACAGCCAGACAUCCAAAGGACUCAGAGUUUCCCGUCUGCAGCAGGCUGGUGAACCCUCACACGACUCAGGGGAAUUUUCUAAAAUGGAAAAACCCUGGUUCCUUCAGCCUGUCCUGCUCCAUCAGAGCCCACAAGCUUCCCAUCAGCUGCAUCGCCCUCCAUCCCCGAAAACGGAUCCUCGCCUCCGCCUGUGACGACCGCAGCUGGAGGUUGUGGGAGCUGCCAGCCAACGGAGAGAAGGUUGGUCAGAUGUUGCUGACAGGUGAGGGUCACUCUGAUUGGCUGUCUGGCUGCAGUUUUCAUCCUGAUGGAGCAAAGCUGGCAACAACUAGUGGGGACACUAUGGUGCGGCUUUGGGAUUUCUCGCGUGGUUGCUGCCUGCUCGUGCUGUCCGGUCACAGCCAGCCUACCUGGGGCUGCUCAUUCCACUCGUGUGGUCACUUUCUUGCUUCCUGUUCUGCUGACAGAACCGCCAAGCUGUGGGACCUGAACAGCCAGCGUUGCCGCCUCACAUUGCGUCGCCACACUGCCUCUGUCAACAGUGUCUGUUUCCUGCCCUUCUCCAACCUCCUCCUCACCUGCUCGGCUGACAAAACCCUCGCCAUGUGGGACGCCAGGCUAGGUGUCUGUACCGCUACCUUCUAUGGACACCAGCACCCCUGCAACCACACCGCCAUCAACCAGGCAGGCAACUUCAUGGCCUCCUGUGACUCAUGGGGCAUAAUCAACCUGUGGGACAUCAGGAAACCUGCGUUGGCGAUGGCCACAGUAGAUGCCGGGCCGUUGGCCACCAACCAGGUGGCGUUCAGUCCAUCGGGGAAAACACUGGCUGUCGCCAGCAGCGACAGUCUAGUCAGACUGGUGGAGGUGGAUUCCUGCGUGGUGAGCAGCAUGUCGGGACACAGCAACGCUGUGCAGAGCGUGACGUUCGACCACAGGGGUGAGACUGUGGUGUCAGCAGGGAGUGAUGGGGUGAUUAACGUCUGGUCGUGACAUAACGUGAAUGAAACCAGCUGAGAAAGUUUUUGAUGAUCAGAAUUCUUAAAUGUUGUUCUCAUGUGUUUUUUGAGAGUUUACUUUAAGAAAUAAAAAAUUUCUUUAAAAAAGCAAACGUUUCCAUUGAACAAAA